CGUAAAGUUAGUUUUCUAAUAUUUUUCAUUGUACGCUUUGUCUCUCCUCCUCCUCCUCCUCCUCCUCAUCAUUCAUCCAUUUCUCCCCAAUUCCCUAGUCCCGUCAAUUCCAUUCCCAAUUCUUCACAAUCGAAGCUCUGAUUUUGGAAUUUUGAUCACAAUUGCAGCUUUAACCAUAAUCUAGGGUUUCGGUAUUUGUGCUGUAAAUAUGGCGUCGCUUUUGGAGGAGAUUGUGGAAUCAGUGGAGAUGUGGUUAAAGCUGAUCAAGAAGCCCCAGCCUUACGUUGACCCGUCUCUUGACCCGGUGCUUUUGGUGCCCGGUAUCGCGGGUUCAGUACUGAAGGCUGUUGAUGAUGAAAGUGGUAAAGAGGAGCGGGUUUGGGUCAGGAUUCUUGCUGCUGAUUACAAGUGUCGGACUAAGCUUUGGUCUCGCUUCGAUCCUACUUCGGGUAGAACUGUGUCUUUGGAUCAAAAAACAAGUAUAGUGGUUCCUGAAGACAGACAUGGUCUCUAUGCAAUUGAUGUUUUGGACCCUGACAUGGUUAUUGGACGUGAGUGUGUUUAUUAUUUCCAUGAUAUGAUUAUUGAAAUGAUCGAGUGGGGUUUCCAAGAGGGGAAAACACUUUUUGGAUUCGGUUAUGAUUUUCGCCAAAGCAACAGAUUGCAGGAGACAUUGGAUCGUUUCAGUGUAAAACUAGAGUCGAUAUAUAAUGCUUCUGGAGGAAAAAAGAUCAAUGUUAUAACCCAUUCAAUGGGGGGUGUUCUCGUGAAAUGUUUCAUGAGCUUGCAUGCUGAUGUUUUUGAGAAGUAUGUCAAGAAUUGGAUUGCAAUAGCUGCACCAUUCCAAGGUGCACCUGGGUAUGUUGCCUCUACCUUUCUAAAUGGAAUGUCAUUUGUCGAAGGAUGGGAACAGAAUUUUUUUAUAUCAAAAUGGAGCAUGCACCAGCUGUUGAUUGAAUGUCCAUCCGUGUACGAAUUGAUGGCUUGUCUGGAUUUUGAUUGGGAGCACAUUCCUUUGUUAGAAGUCUGGCGAGAGAAGCUUGUUGAUGAAAACUCUCAUGUAGUGUUGGAGUCUUAUUCCCCUGUAGAGAGUGUAGAAAUUUUCCAGAAAGCUCUUUCAAGUAACUCGGUGAAUCACGAUGGUGAAAAUAUUCCUCUGCCAUUCAACUUGGAGAUCUUGAAAUGGGCUAAUGAAACACGAAAGAUCCUUUCUCGAGCAAAAGUUCCUUCCCAAGUCAAAUUCUUCAAUAUAUAUGGGACCGGUCUUGAUACACCUCAUAGUGUAUGCUAUGGGAAUGGGCAAACACCUGUAAAAGAUCUUCAAGAACUAAGAUAUUUCCAGCCAAGUUACAUUUGUGUUGAUGGUGAUGGGACGGUACCAGUAGAAUCGGCAAAGGCUGAUGGGCUUAAUGCAGAAGCAAGGGUUGGUGUUCCUGGCGAGCAUCGAGGAAUCCUUUGUGACCAUCACGUAUUUCGGAUUCUAAAGCACUGGCUGAGGGCAGAUCACGAUCCUUUCUACAAUCCUCUAAAUGAUUAUGUUAUUCUACCAACUGCUUUCGAAUUGGAAAGCCACAAAGAGAAGGGUUUGCAAGUGACAUCGCUGAAAGAAGAGUGGGAGAUCAUCUCAGGGAACACAGAGGAUCAAGACGAUGUGGCUACUAAAAAGCCUUUAGUGAGCUCUAUAACAGUUUUUCAGAAUGGAGGCAACAAUCAAUCUUCCCGAUCUGAGGCCUGCGCAACUAUUGUUCUGCACCCCCAGAAUGAUGGUAAACAGCACGUAGAAUUGAAUGCUGUAAGUGUCUCAGUUGAUGCUUAAAUUGAUUCCAAUUAAAUUUCUGUGAUUUGAAGUGAAAGUCCUGUACAUAGAAACCUUCAUUGUCAGUGUUCCUGGAUUUAAUAUUCCAUUGUAAGAUAUGCCACCAAUUAUAUGUACGUAGCUCAAGUGUGAAUUCAUGGACUGUUAUUCUGUUGCCUUUUUCUAAUAUUAAAGAAAAGGAAAAAGAUCUACCAUGACUGCGCAAGACCUCUUGUGCUUAAUUCUAUAAA